AUGGCGCUCGAGCAGGAAAAGUUCCCCCUCCGUAUCAUCACAUUGAAUGUUAGAUACGCCAUCAAGAAAACUCUUCUACCCAAUGAGCAACCCUGGGAACUCCGCUGUCCCAGGAUAGCAACUCAACUCAGAGUUCACACCGCCGGCCAGACAAACACUUUUGUCUGCAUCCAAGAAGCUCAACAUCAACAACUUCUCGACUUGCAAUCCGAGCUUGGCCCUCGAUGGGCUCAUAUCGGCCGCGGACGAGCCGAUGGUGAACUCGACGGAGAGUUUUCGCCCAUCUUCUACCAGACCGACCACUGGACCCUCGAGCGAGAUCAAACGUACUGGCUCAGUCUUACACCAGACAUCCCAUCCAAUGCAUGGGGAGCAACCAUCAACCGGAUCGUCACCAUCGGUCUCUUUCGCCAUAAGGUUUCAAACGCCAGAGUUGUCGUCAUGAGCACGCACCUCGAUCAUCGCAGUUCCGGAGCACGCUCCGAAAGCGCGAAGCUGAUUCUGAGGUUAGCUCAGCAGUGGCAAUCCGAAGCAUCCCAUGGAAGCACACAUACCGUGCCCGUGUUUCUGGGGGGGGAUUUCAACAGCGGCCCCAGCGAAGAGCCACACAGGAUCCUGACUUCUCAGCCCGAUGGCAUGACCGACAUCAAGAAUCUGGUACCAAAGUCGCGGCACUACGGCAACCAAAUCACUUACACUACUUUUGGAGAGGCGGAACCCACGAUUAUCGAUCACUUAUUUGUGCUCAACCCGACAGGAAUCGAGUUCCUGAACUUUGCUGUUUUGGAAAACCGGUUCGACGACGGAUUCUAUUAUUCAGAUCACCGGCCUGUUCUUGUAGAUAUGGAAGUUCAUGUGGCUUAG